AUGUGAUCACUGUGUAUAUCAACGGAGUAGCAACAGAGGUGGAAAGAGGGGCAGUUAACAUGAAGGCCAUGUUUGGCGGCGAUUUUGUGAUGUAUCAUUCAAGUGGAGUGCCAGUUGAAGUGAAUGAGUACGGUUACGUGGUGCAAGGUUUGCAGCAUGGUGAAAGUUAUUUUAUU